AUGCAUUCGUUUUGUCUGAAACUUUCAGGUAUUAAUUCAUCAUAUUAUCAAAAUAAUUACAUUGGUCAAACUGAAUCAAGAUCAAAAAAUUAUUCGAAUUCUUAUAAUUCAAAAGAAUCGAAUACAAUAAAAUGUUUACAAAAAUUUCUUGAAAAUAAAACAAAUGACUCAUUUAUACAACAACAAAUGGAUUAUUCAAUAAAUGAAAAAGUUAAAUAUUCAUCUUCAACAACAAAUAAUGAUAAUUCACAUUGGUCUUCUACAAAAACAAAAUCUGAUACAAUCGUACAAAAUAAUAAUAAUAAUAAUAAUCAAAAAUUUACUUAUAGUGAUGCUGAAAAAUUAUUAACUAUGGUGCAACGCUUGCGUAAUUAA